GCCACUCGAUACACGGGCAUCUGGAAAACACCUGGACAGCCUUGAUCUCAGGCUUCAACGCUCUGGAGCUGACGGACACUGACCCAGAGACGAAAGCUCGCCCACAAUUAACGGACUGUCCCGCUCGCCCACAAUCAACAGACUGCCCCGCUUGUGCCGAAUUGAAUCCCAAAAUCAAAUGCCGUGGCUGCUACAGAGACCCCCAGUGCGCAGGCUCCGAGUCGAAGUGCAAGCAAGCUCACAACAUGAAUUACCACACACGGUGCGCCUUUGCCACCUGGACUGUCGUUAACGAGGAUUACCCAAACCGUGGUGAUAUCAGGAUCAGUAUCGUCGUUAGUAGCCAGUAUAACAAUGAUCCGGAGUACAGAUUCAAGAAGGCUCAAUCGAUUCACGCGGGCGGGUUCAUCUAUCCCGCUAUCUCGUGCACGCAGGCUCAUCACUGUGCCCAUACGGUGUUCGGCACCAUGCAGCCAUCAUACUUCACUGAACGUCAAGACAAAUACAGGGACGCCGCUUACAGCAGACUCAAGGAGUCGCUGAAGUCGGGGACAUUGAGGUCUGGAGCAGCAAAGAGCAAGGAUAACAAAAGGGAGAGCAAGGACAACAAGGGAAUGGGCAAGUACACCAAAGUAGGGAACGACACGGAUGAGGAGGUGGGAGCAUUCGAAGACAUGAGAGAUCCGGAGUGGGUUGAAGAUCUGGCAACGCUGGAGGAUCUGCCUAAGUACGAGACCGGGGAGGUCAGACUCACGAAACGGUGCAGAGAAUGCGUCAGGCGCAACAAGCAAUGCUGGUCGCACCAUCCGGUGGACACUGACGAAGAAAAAAAGAAGAGUAAGAGCUAGGUCUUAUUCGUACUUGUCUGGUACUGUUCGAAGGGCUCGAUACAUUCUGAGAAGGCUGGGCGAAUCGUGUGUCAGCCGGUCUGGGGCAUUCUUUACAUCCUGAGAGCACAUACCAUUGUUUGAAGUACUUUGAGAGAAUUGAGGGAAAGCCGGACGCGAUAUAGUUUCUUGGUUCCCUAUAUCAUAGCUGAGUUACAGCUUGUUACUAC